CAGUGUCUGUUCGUGGUUUUCACGAUUUCGUGUUGAGUGGCAAGUUCAAAGUGUAGUGUCAAGCAAGUGAUUUUCCUUUUUAUCUCUACUGUGCACUCAAGGAUUUAUAAAAAUCAACAUUUCGAGGCAUCACACGGACUAUUUAAAAUGCAUCUACCGGAGGGACCAAAUGGCAUGGAGAUCUUCAGCCAUGUGCAUGAUACAUUGAGAGCGUGUCACGGCGAUCUUGUGCAGACCGGCAGUCCUGCUAUUCUGUGCAGCGCACUGCCAACCCAUUGGCGAUCCAACAAAUCAUUACCAGUUGCAUUCAAAGUUGUGGCACUUGAUGAUGUCAGCGAUGGCACACUUGUUACCAUUCGCGCUGGUAAUGAUGAGAAUUGCUGUGGAGAACUCAGAAAUUGCACGGCUGUUAUGAAAAAUCAAGUCGCCAAGUUCAAUGACUUGAGAUUCGUAGGUCGCAGCGGCAGAGGCAAAUCGUUCUCACUGACGAUUCAAAUCAGCUCAAUUCCGUUCCAAGUCGCCACCUACACAAAAGCCAUCAAAGUCACCGUUGACGGGCCCAGAGAGCCACGAUCCAAGUCGAAUUAUCAGUAUGGACCUGGAUUUCCAGGACUGGGUCUUCUGAACCCGUGGCUAGACGCAGCAUAUCUCGGUCAUGCCUGGCACCUGCAUCAUCCUGCACUGAUGAAAGGAACUGUACCAAUGCCACCAGCCGAUCUGUUCACACCGAGCUUUCCACCAACAGUACUGCCGUCCACCUAUCCGUUCCACGAGCACGUCAAAUAUCCAACGGAGUAUCCCGGAAUGCCAACAAAUAAGACACCAGCAUUGCCAAAUAGUCCAUCGAGAACACCACCGAGAAGUCCAAGCGACAGUGGAAGUGAAUCAGCAGCUGAUGAAGUUCGCAGUGCCUUUGUGCCAAUCAGAAUAAAUUCUCUGCCACCUGUUUCCAUUGCUGUUACACCGUCAUCGUCGUCACCAGGCAGGCCUGUGGCAUCGAGAAAACCAACGGAGGGUAUCAAGUGCGAGCUCAAAGCACCCACGACACUCAUAUCAAAAAGAAGUCCAUCACCAACGAAAUUGCUAUCACCACCGGCUGCCAAGCCCGUUUGGAGGCCUUAUUAAUUCUCCAAUCAUCAUGUUUUAAACUGUUGGUGGUUCAAGACCGUCUGGAAGGCUAGUGAUAUCUCCGAAGACGCGAGGCGUCUACGUGUGACUUGUUUUAUUAUUUUUGCAAAACUCUUUGUUUUUAAUUUUUCUCUUUUGACUGGAUUCGGUGAGGCUCUGGUCGCGCGUUCUUCUUGAUCCAGUUUUAUGCAAUUUUCUCUUUAAUAUAUUCUAUUUUAUUGUACAUAAUUCAUGGAUCUGUCGACUGGAUGUGGGGUUAUUGUAUAUAGGAAGUUGUAGAGUGGACAAUAAUCGUGGGUUGAGGGAAUGAAUGCAUCUUUUGUUCUUAUUUUGUGAUUGUAUAUAGGGGAGAGGGCAACAGACUGUGUGGAGGCCAGAAUGUCGUGUACAUAGAGACGUACGUGUGAUUGUGAAUUAUCGGAGAUAAAGAAAGUUAUUUAUAAAUUAGGGUAAGUCAGAGAGAAUUUAAUUUAAUGU